GUUCUUUCACCAUACUCUCCUGCUCCUGCUUCUACCUUCCGGUAUCAUUUUGGCCUCUCUAUGGUGUAUUUGCAGACCGACUCCAAGGUGUCUAAAAUGGAAGACGCACAGGACAAGGACAUACUUGAGAGCUCGGUGGAGUUCACAGGGCAGCAUGCAGCAGAAGGGAGGUCGGGCGGAUGGCUGGCUGGAAAUUUUCUGCUUGUGAAUCAGGGCCUGGCAACGCUAGCUUUCUUCGGGGUGAACGUCAACCUGGUGUUGUUCCUCACGAGAGUGCUACAGCAGAGCAACGCGGUUGCCGCCAACAACGUCAGCAAAUGGACAGGAGCUCUCAACAUCUUCUCUCUCGUUGGUGCAUUCCUCAGUGACUCCUAUUGGGGAGGAUACAAGACUUGCGUCGUCUUCCAAGCCGUGUUCGUAUUCGGGUUGACGGUGCUAUCCCUGACUUCGCACCUGUUCCUGAUCAAGCCCUCGGGUUGUGGUGAUCAGUGGACUCCUUGUGGUUCGCACACCAAUCUGGAAGUCAGGUUGUUUUACUUUGUCAUCUACAUGGUUGCCCUGGGGAACGGGGGCUACCAGCCCACCGUUGCUUCCUUUGGGGCGGACCAGUUCGAUGAGGACGACCCCAAGGAAGCCCACUCCAAAGACACCUUCUUCCUCUACUUCUACCUUGCCCUCAACCUGGGCUCCCUCUUCUCCAACACCUGCUUGAGCUACUUCGAGGACCGUGGCAUGUGGGCCUGGGGCUUCUGGGCCUCCACCGUGUCCGCUUUCGUGGCACUGCUCAUGUUCGUGGGUGCGACGCCUACUUACCGCCACCGCAAGCCAGGUGGCAACACCCUCUCUAGAUUCUGCCAGGUGGUCGUCGCUGCGUCGAGGAAAUGGAGGGUCGGGAUGCCGCCGGGGGCCGCCGACCUGUACGAGGAGGACGGGAAGGAGCUCCAAGUAGCUGGUGGACGCAAAAGGAUCCUCCACACAGAGGGCUUGGGGUUCUUGGACCGAGCUGCGGUCGUCGACUCCGAUGAUUUUACCUUCCAAGCUCAGUCGACCCACCGUAAACUCUGGCGUCUCUGCACCAUCACACAAGUAGAAGAAGUGAAGUGCGUGCUCAGGUUGCUCCCCAUAUGGCUUUGCACCAUCCUCUAUUCCGUGGUCUUCACUCAGAUGGCCUCCCUCUUCGUCGUACAAGGCGCUGCAAUGCGAAGGACGGUCGGAGGCGUCACCAUUCCGCCUUCCAUCAUGUCGGCCUUCGACAUCCUCAGCGUCGUCGCCUUCAUCUUCUUCUACAAGAGGCUCCUCCAACCCCUCGUCUGCAGGGUCAGGAAGAACACGACGGGGCUCACGGAACUCCAGAGGAUGGGGAUCGGGCUGAUCAUAGCGGCCCUGGCCAUGGUCUCAGCCGGUGUCGUGGAGCACUUCAGGCUGAAGCUGCGGUGCAGGGGUUGCACCGCCGCCAGCUCGCUGCACAUCAUGUGGCAGGUGCCUCAGUACGUGCUGGUAGGAGCCUCGGAGGUGUUCAUGUACGUCAGUCAGCUGCAGUUCUUCAAUGGGCAGACUCCGGAUGGGCUCAAAAGCUUCGGGAGCGCGCUCUACAUGACCUCCAUCGCGUUCGGAAACUUCUUCAGUGACUUCAUCGUCACCAUCGUGAUGAAGAUCACAGGCAAGGGCGGUCGGCCAGGGUGGAUUCCGGCGAACCUAAAUGAUGGCCACUUGGACAGGUUCUACUUCCUCUUAGCAGCUUUAAGCUGCGCAGACCUUGUGGCGUACGUGGUUUGUGCCAUGUCCUACAAGUGCAUCAAGAUGGAAGGGAGAUGUGAGAAGGCUACUAGUGGUUUCCACGUCUGAUAAGCACCAGUGGAUUUAAUAUAUAAGAAUAGCUAAAGUGAGCCGUUAGGGUAAGAGCAUAAGGUUCGUGUUUUGCAGAGAGAAUAAUAUUCCUCUCAUAUGAGUUUUUGUAUCAUGAUAGAUAAAUAUGAAAUGAUAAAUAAUCCCCAAUCAAAUAUCAUCAUCUUUUUCACAGUAAAAUAAAAUAUAUACGGUGACCACUGAAAAGAUGAAGCUUAGCAUCGUUU